UGGCGUCACUUCUUCGGUGUCUGUGUGAACUAUUCUAGUUGCCGCUGGAAAAAAAUCCGUAAUUCUCGCAUAAAACGCACCUGCCGGCCGCCCAAAUCGAUCGAAAAGCGAACGUCCACAAUUGCGGCGCGACAGGCGAGUGAAAUUGUGGCUGUGCGUGCGCGAUAGACCGCUGAAAGGAGCUGUGCAAAAGUGAGAAUCGAAUCGGGGAUACCCGGAUACUUCAGUGAAACCCAGCAAGCAGUGCUAGAAAGCAAGCAAAAGCAAAAGCAUCUUCGUGACGUGCAAACGGGAGAGCCACCGCUGUGAGAAACUGAGAAAUCACUGAGACACAGAAACUGAGAAACGCAGAAACCGAGAAUCACAAGCCGAGAAAACGAGAAAGUGCAUGUGAUGCCAAAUAUCCAUAGAACCCAAUAAAGAAAUCAAUGCAAACGCGAAUUACUAUGUGAAUGCAGCAAAUCAGCAGUAAGCAGCAGCAGCUCUUUCUCAGUUAACCAAAUUGAUGUGCCAUUCAGGAGCAGCAGCAGCAGCGCAGCAAAAGGAUCCAAGAAAGGAGCAACCAACGUAGAAGCUAAGCGAGAGUAUUAAACCAGAGUAAGGCGCAUCGCAAAUGCAACAAUCCCUCCAGUAAACAAUACAAAAAUCAACAACAAGUACAGCAAACAAAAAGAAACAGUGUACAUACAACUGUAACGAAUUUAAGCAACAACAACAAGCAAAAGCGGUUCCGGACGAGAGAGGAGUAUAACAAAUUUAACGCCCCCAGAGUAACCAACAGUUAGAUGCCAAGAUAAGUCGUUACCGCUUUAAUACCGCCAUCAACAUUACCCAGCAACAGAAGCUGAUCCAGCAACUCCAGCAGCAGCAACAACAGCAGCAGCAGCAGGCGAUCGCUUUCAAGGGGAAGAAGAAAAACAAGCAGAAAUUGCAGUUGCAGCAGCCGUUGCAGCAGUUGCAGUUGCACAUUGGUCAGGAAGGACAGGACGCUGAAGGAGCUGUAGAGCUGUUGGGCUUACCCAGAGGUAGCGAUAACAAUUGCAAAACGCCAAACUCAACCGCAAAAGUCGCCAACAUAACACAUAAAAUUUUCGGUUGGCUACGCAAAUCACGCAACAAACGGCCAGUCGAGAUCCUCAACAGCGAUUUCGGCGAAGACGGCGACGAGGGCGUUGGCGAGGGCAAAGGCCAAGGCGCAGGCGAGGAGGGAGGAGGAGCAGCAGCUGCCAGUGCAGCUGGCGGUGCAGCCGAUCAAUUUUCAGUGGCAAGCGUUAAAAACAAAGCCGGCAAGCUGAAUACCACACAGACAGCCACGGAGACCGCCAUCGAUUCAAACGAACCCAAAUCUGAAAAGAUGUCAUCGGGCACGUUUGUGGAUCGAAUCGACCCGUUCGCCAAACGUUCGCUCAAGAAGAAGGGUAAAAAGAGUCAAGGUUCCUCGCGCUACAGAAAUUCUCAGGAUGUUGAGCUGCAGCAAUUGCCGCCGUUAAAAGCCGAUUGCUCCAGCUUAGAACAGGAGGAGCUGUUUAUACGGAAGCUGCGCCAGUGUUGCGUGUCCUUUGACUUUAUGGAUCCCGUUACGGACUUGAAGGGCAAGGAGAUCAAACGGGCCGCGCUCAAUGACCUAUCCACCUAUAUAACACAUGGGCGCGGUGUGCUUACGGAACCGGUUUACCCGGAAAUAAUUCGCAUGAUUUCUUGCAACCUAUUUCGCACGUUGCCGCCCAGUGAGAAUCCCGAUUUCGAUCCCGAGGAGGAUGAUCCGACUCUGGAGGCUUCCUGGCCACACCUGCAGCUGGUGUAUGAGGUGUUCUUGCGGUUCCUGGAGUCUCAGGAUUUCCAAGCGACCAUCGGCAAGCGUGUGAUCGAUCAAAAGUUCGUUUUGCAGCUGUUGGAACUUUUCGACUCGGAGGAUCCCAGGGAGCGGGACUUUCUGAAGACGGUGUUGCAUCGCAUAUACGGAAAAUUUUUGGGACUGCGGGCUUUUAUACGAAAACAAAUCAACAACAUAUUCUUGCGAUUCAUUUACGAGACGGAGCACUUCAAUGGAGUCGGUGAACUUUUGGAAAUCCUUGGCAGUAUCAUCAACGGAUUCGCCUUGCCCCUGAAGGCCGAACACAAGCAGUUUCUGGUUAAGGUCCUAUUGCCACUGCACAAAGUCAAAUGCCUGUCGCUCUACCACGCUCAACUGGCGUAUUGCAUUGUACAAUUCCUAGAGAAGGAUCCAUUCCUUACCGAACCGGUGGUGCGUGGCCUGCUUAAGUUCUGGCCCAAGACGUGUUCCCAGAAGGAGGUCAUGUUCCUGGGUGAGAUCGAGGAGAUUCUCGACGUGAUCGAUCCGCCGCAGUUUGUCAAGAUCCAGGAGCCGCUGUUCCGUCAGAUUGCAAAAUGCGUGUCCAGUCCACAUUUUCAGGUUGCUGAGCGAGCUCUUUAUCUGUGGAACAAUGAGUACGCCAUGUCGCUCAUCGAGGAGAACAAUGCGGUCAUUAUGCCCAUCAUGUUCCCGGCCCUUUAUCGCAUCAGCAAGGAGCACUGGAAUCAAACCAUUGUGGCGCUCGUCUACAACGUGUUGAAGACGUUUAUGGAAAUGAACUCGAAGCUGUUCGAUGAGCUGACCUCCAGCUACAAGGCGGAGCGGCAAAAGGAAAAGAAACGGGAGCGGGACCGCGAGGAGCUGUGGAAGAAGCUGCACGAACUCGAAUCCAAUCGUUCUAGUGGGCGCACCGCCGGCGGCAGCGCCACGACAUCGAACACAGCAGCUUCCGCGGCGUCAACGUCCCUGCAGCCACCCAGCACCGCUGGCCUGAACUCUCAUCAGCAGCAGUCGAAUAGCAGCAGCAGCGGCAGUCUGUCCAGCGGCGGUGCCGGCGGCGACAAUAAUCCUGCGACCACAAAUGCGAAAAUCAAACAGGAUAAGGCGGACAACUAAGCAACGCAAGGCGCGCCCGAAACUAACAAUAAUACAAAAAAAGUAAAACCAACAUCAGUAAAAGCGUAAGCGUAACGCGUUAUCCGAUAUCCGUAAACCGUAAACCGGCAGAGACAGCAACCACACAUCUAAAGGAGAAAUAAAUAGUUAUACUAAACCACACAUAUGCUAAACCUUAAAACCAGAAAAUAUAAAACUAAAAUGUAUACUCGAUUGACAAGACACCAACCAAGCUGACCCGCAGGACGCUUGGGCGGCUGUUGAAGGAGGUAGAACCGAAAUCUGGAGCGGGAGCUGAAUCAGAUCCCAGGGCGUGUGUGUGUGUGCGCGGUAAUUGAGAAGCUUGAGUGCGGCAUAAAAGAAAGAAAUCUUUAUAAAUAAUGUAUCUUACACCUACGGCAAAACACACACACACAUACACGUGCGCGACACGUAUAAAUAUAUAUUACAAAAAAAGAAGAAACAUAAUUAUUAAUUACGUUUAAGCGAAAACAAGUUGAAUAAAGAGAAAUCAUGUUAGUAAGUGAAAUGCAGAAGAGUAAAAGAGCGAUAACUAUAACGGAUUGACGAUUGUUGAAGCGCAUUGAAUAUUAUUAACUAAACAUAUUGCUAACUAGCAUAGAUCAGCCAUCCUAUCCCCCACCCACGAACACUACGAGAACAACACCCCAAUCACCUAAAUGUUCACUUGCAAAGUAUUUGCGUUCAUUUGAAAUGUGUAAAAUAGUUGAAACUGCGCUGCAUCCUCAGAUUUUGAUUUUCCGUUUUUUUUUUUAACUGCUCCAUAUAACGGCGUGUCUUAGUCCAGAUUUCCCACUGAAUUGUAUAUAAAAUAUCCGAGAACUGUGCUCCCCCUCCUCACCCAGAAUGAAACUUUGUUACUUAGCUUUAAGUGUUGCACACUCCGUCAAGACUUCUCGAAAACAGAAAUUCCAACAAUUCCCGCUAAAUGCCUGCGCAGUUACGAUGCCGAAUCUGCAUUCAAGUGUAGGCAGAAAAAACAAAAGCAAAGCCAAGUUUUAGUACAUUGUUGAAGUUGCUGCUAAACGGGCCAAGAUAGACAGGGAGCCGGCAAAAAUCUAUAAAUAAUUAAGAAUACAAUUAAAUACCAUAACGUACGAUAAACGCUGAUCUAUAUAAAUGUAUGUAAAGUGUGCGGAAAAUACACAAAAAUAUAUCUCCAAGCUGAGGAAUAGGCGCAUGCGCGGUAAUCGAGAUGUAAGCGGCAAAGAAAUGAAUACAAAUAUGGAGCAUUGUAAAAAGGUUAAGCUAGAGAAACCAACCAACCAACAACCAAGCGAACGAUAGUUUAUAGAACAAGGUUAUGGAAAAUUCAGCUUGGCAUAUAGUCUCUACUACCCCCAUAUGAUAAUUGGCAUCUUGCGAAACAUUUCCACAGUCCACUCCAGGCUCGAUGCAUCCAUCUACACUCUAUAAUAUCCCUUGCAUAUAUGUAUAUCUCUGCGGAAAGUGGUCCAGUGUAGCAACCCACAUGGUUUUGCAAAUUCCUUUUCGACUCUUCUGGAUUUAAUUAAUUUAUUUUCAAUCCUCACGGAAAUGCGCACAAUUGUCAUUCGAUUUGCUAAACAAUUCUUUCGAUUGUAAAUAAUGUAGCUAAGUUAAAAGGGGCAGUACUUUUGGACCACUUUCCCAGCAUUCUCACUCAAUCACACUCACACUUAGCCGCACUCUCAUAGUAAGGAAAUAUAUAAAAUUUAUAUAUGAAAUAAAUGUUUGUUCAUUCAACUCUCACGCCCAUUACAAAGUAUAGAAGCAUGCAUUAUAGGAGCAAAAAAAAAAACUAGGAGCAGAGGCGGCGAUAGGGAAGCAAAAAUAGGACGAGAUGAAAAUAUCCACUAAUGAAUGUCUCUCAUUAAGCGAAACCGCAAGAGUUCAUAUAAUAUUAAAGAUAAUUGUGUCUGUGAAUCGUGAGUUAUUAUACACAUAUAUUGCAAACAAAACUGGAAAAUAAGAAAAAAAAAACUAUAAAAAAAUCUAAAGGAAACGUAAAAGUUAGCGUUAUUAUUAAAUAUGUUUGUAAAACGUCAAAAAUAUGCAACAAUACAGAAGCGAGGGAAAAGCGUAUAAAGUGCAUCAACUAAAGAGUCGUCGGCUAGAGCAGAGAGUAUAUUUCGAAAACAAAAAUUGAACCUAUGGCCUAAAUACUAAGCAACGUGUGUAAGAAAGUUUUGCAUCUUUAUAUUAGCGUGUAAUUAAACAAACAAAUAGCUAAACAAAGCCCAAGCCUAAACAGCAACUACAACUAGAGCUACUACAAAGAAAUCACGAGUAUCAUCCCCCCCCAUUGAGAUGCAAUAGCGAUCAGAUCCGAUAUCCCCGAGCGUUAAGUCUUACUGCCUUUAAAGAGAUCCCAAGAAGAACACCAAAAAUAAUGAAGAACAGGACUGUAGAAUGUUAGAAGUCAGAGGCAGGAGUUCUUGACCUCUUUGUUAUGCCAAUCCCCCGUAACACCAAAACUCUAUUCCUAACUAGCAGAUCCAUCACCCACGAAUAGGACCCAUCUCUAGUUAACGUUGAUGUUCGCAUAGGAUGCCAAUCAGUGACAGAAAAAGAACAUAUUCAAAUAAUGCAAAUGUAAAAACGAAACAUGAAAUCAAGUAAACAUAAACAACAAGAAUUAAAUAAAGAUGUUGAAAAAGAAUGCCUAAUAAACGAUAAAUACAUAUGUAAGUCAAGUGGUUUAAUGAUUAUUGUCUCUUCAGUUUUGUUUGUUUUGUGAUCAACACUUCUGUUGCACUCUGAGUUAACCUGUUUAGUCCGCUUUCAACUUAUAUGGUAACUUUAACUAUAGUUUCUAUUAUUGUAUUUAUAUGUAUAAACAAAUCGAGCAUGUUAUAUCGUAACUGCAACAGCUGCUUAGAGCCAGCUGAGCAAGAAGUAUAAGCAAAAGCAAAACUCGUUAAGUACUUUUAGAGACAAAAACCCUGUACUAAGAAGUGUACUAAAAAUAAAGUCGCAUUAACAACGUUGCAUCAAAAAAAACAAAAAACAAAAAACAAAUGAAAAUGAAAAUGCCGAAAGAACGGAAAAUGCUAACAAAAACCAACAACAAUAAGAGCAAAAAAUAGUUAAAGCGCUUAAACAAUAUAAAUACUAUGGAUACUAACAAUGAAAUGAGAACGGAGCCGAUGGAAAAGGAUAAAUAUAUAUGUGAAUUAUGUAUUUUCUUAUGUUCUAGACUUGUAAAAAAAACCUAUCGUAUAUGACACAUGCUAUUAUUAUUAUGUAUAACUUUCAGUUCGUGUUCUAUAGGACGGUGUGCGAGUAUUUCGAUUGUUUUCUUGGGUUAAAGGCACACUGCACCACACUCACCCACACACCCACACUCACUCACACACACUCAGAGACACACAACUAAACAAAAUCUUAUGCUGAGAGUAAAUAUAAAGAGUAAAUUAUAAUUACACAAACAUAAAUGGGAAUAAAUAUAUAUAGGUCAUAAAAAAAAAGUAUAUAUACAAGAGCAUCGGAAAACAAAGGUUUAGUUGAUUGCUUUCGAAUCCAGGCAGAAAGUAUGCGAAAAAAAAA